GCGGCUCCAUAUUAAGGAAGCCAUCAGAAAAUGAGAAUGGGGAAAAACCUAAUUACCAAGUAAAAGGAUAAACCAACAGGAUUGGAACCUAGGGAACCUAAAUGCCUCGCACUGCGUUUGUUCUGGGGAAUCCUUUGGUUAUGCAAAAGUAGGCAAGUAUGGCAACGGAGGAUGAGACGGGUAAUCAUGAAAGCGAGGGUGGACCAGGCUUAGGAGGCAGUGCUGAGCAAAGCAAGGAAGGGAAGAAGGACAGGGAAUCAACAAAUCCGGAUGGCACCAAAGGGAACCAGAAGGAAAUGUCCUCAGGAGAGAGCUCGGGAAAAGUCGGGGGAAGCAGACAGGGGACCCAGGAAAACAAGGAGGGCAGGAAUAAGGAUAGGGCGAGCCUCGGGAACUUGGAGGGAGCUGUGUCUAAGAAAGUAAGGGUCACGGACGCGAGGCACAAACUAGCAGAAAUAGAGAAAAGGACCGCGGAAUACAAGGCAAGGUUAAUUGAGGAAAUGAUGAUUGGGAACGAGAAAGGCCCUCUGCAGGAGGUACCGCGGGACAAACGGAAAACCAGCCGGGGCGGAACUAGGCAAGGGGACAAGGGUAGUGACCGUGGGGGAACGCCGAGCAAAAGAAGGAAAGAGAGAGAGAACUCGCCGGGAAUGGAGGCAGAGAAGGCAACGAACCCCUUAGCCACWSACAGAGAAGUAACAGACCUCCUCCGAGCAAAGAUGGACUCCUUCGUUGCGGAGCCUACGGCAUCGCCAUACGCAAAUCGGUGGUUCGUCUUUCAGAAGCCUAACAAGACACUAAGGUGGAUUCAGGACCUGCAGAAGUUGAAUGUGGUAACCAUCCGGGAUGCUGGCUCGCUACCUAAGGCUGACUUAUUAGCAGAAUCGCACGCCGGUCGGAGCAUUUACUCUCUGAUAGAUCUGUACUCAGGGUACGACCAGCUUCCGUUGGAUGUUCGGGACAGGUCAUACACCGCUAUGCACACCCCCGUAGGCCAACUACAGAUGCAAGUGACCCCUAUGGGAUUCACAAACGCGGUGGCCGAAGUGCAACGCAAGAUGCUCGUUGUGGUCGGGGACAUGUUCCCAGAAAAAUGUGAGCCUUACAUCGAUGACAAUCCGAUCAAAGGCGCGCAGGAGAAGGACGAGACGGAAGUCCAGCCAGGGAUCCGAGGUUUUGUGUGGGACCACUUGCAGGACAUCAAGGACUUACUCCACCGGUUCCUAGUAUACAACAUUACGGCUAGUGGACCAAAGAUUAUCCUAGCAGUACCGGAGGUAACUACACUAGGAUUUCGUUGCGGUGCUUACGGCAGGAAGCCGGAUCCGGCAAAGACCGACAAGAUAUCACAGUGGCCGACACCGCUGCGCACGGCGACGGAGCCGCUUAGACCAACGCGGGUGCUAGGGCCGGGGCAUCUGGUCCACCUCGACCUUGCGGUCAUGCCUGUAUCAACGGAUGGGUACAGGUAUAUCCUGGAUGCGGGAGACAACCUGAGCAGGUUAGUGAAGGCAGUCGCUCUCAAGAAAAAGACAGGGAGGAGUGUGGCGGACUGGAUAGAAGACUUCUACUUGAGGCAUCCGUUCGGCGGGAGGUUUAUAGCAGACAAUGAGAUGGAGUUUGUGAACCAAGAAGUAUUGGGGAUGCUUAAGAGACUCUGCGUACCAAUCAAACUCAUCGAGCCGUAUCACCCUGAGGCCAAUGCACCUGUGGAAAGGGGGCGUGCUUCUUUUGAACUUAGUGCGAUAUUUAAACCGAACCUUGAAGAACACGAUUGCAAAGCUCGCAGCGGACCAUCUGGGGAACUGGCCUAGGUAUCUUAAGCAGGCUGUCUUUGCAGCGGAUAUGAUAAACCGACUUUCUUGUGGAAGCCUUGGUACCUAUCUGGAAUAGGUUAGAUGAUGAUCCGCAAAUGACCACUGAAGAGUUAAUCGAGGCAAGAUGUCAACAAAUCCUUAAGAAUGAG